AUGCGAGAAGACGCUACUAGUAGUAGUAAUAUUAGUAGCAGGAGAGGCAAGACUGCUGCUUCUCCUGCCAACUCCAUAUCCUCGCCAGCUCCCGCACAGCCACACGUCGCUGUCGCCUCACCGACAUCCAGACGCGACAGCAUGGAGCCCGAGGCCCAGACCCAGAAUGUCACGCCACUCGUUACUGUGCUGUCGCCACAGCCGCAGUCACCACUGACUCAGCGCCAAAUGCAGCAUAGUGCCAAAGAGAGUAGCGAGAAAGCGGUCGAGAAGAAAGAAGGCAAGAGCAAGUUGCACCCCAUGAAGCGCAUUUGGAGCAGUCUUGUUCGAAAGUAA